CCAAAUUCGGAAUACAAAAAAAGUUAAAUAUUCAAAUUAUCCUAAAAUUGAUCUCAAUCAACGACAAAUCUUAUGUUUGAGGCGCCAUCUAAACGUGAGACAACUGUAGUUAUUUUUAUAGCAACAAUUUUCUUCCAAGCUGCAACAGCGAGCCUGACGGUUGCAAUUACAACUAGCAAAACGUCACAUUUUUUGGGUAGGCGUUGCGGCCGCCAACCUUUGAUUUGUGAAGAUACUGACAUUGUCGGCAUUACGGUUUGUUUACGUUUCAUUGAAUACAGCUCGAAAUAUAAAUUCUAUCGAACGAUUCCGUUCGUUCUCAAGAUUCGUAAAAUUGGCACAACGUGUAGUGAAGUGAUCAUGACACCGGAAGUAAACGACCGAUUAGCUCCCGGUAACCUGGAGAGUUUCAUCAAUGAUUGUCUGAGGGAAGAUUUGAAGACGUACGAACAGCAGUUGAAUCGUUUGAAUAACGACAUAAUGGAGUAUGUUCAACUGAAAAACAUGAUUGAAAAUAUGCCGAACGAUGAAUUGAAAACGCUGGUUAACGUUGGAGGAAAUUUCUUCAUGAAGGCCAAAACGACUCAACUGGAUAAGAUCUUGGUAGACGUUGGACUACGAUGCUAUGUGGAAUUCUCCAUGGAAGAAGCACUGAAAUUCGUGGAUAUGAAAGUUAACAUUUUAACCAAGCAUGCAGACGUAAUACGCGAAAAGAGUUUGGAAACGAAAGCGAGCAUUAAGCUGGCACUGAUGGUGAUAGGCGAAUCUAGUAGACUUUACAGCGAUGCGGAACACCGGAGCUAAUAUUUUAUGUUUUAUAUUGAAAAUUUAUGUUAAUGUUUAAUAAACCUUGAAAGAAUAA